AUGGAUAUUUUCCCAUUGGAACCGUAUCGCUCCGCACGUCUCCUUUACCGCGCCCCAGAGGACAAUGCCGAAGACGAUGCAUUUUUCCUCGCUCUCUACAACGACCCGGUAGUCGGAUCUAUGGCAUCGCACUCUCUCCAACGUCCCAGGGCCAUCCAGGAACUGAAAGAUCUGAGAAAAACGAUUGAAAGCAGGAUGCUCAUGUCCGUUAUGAUAUGCAUCAUCCCAGACGACAAGGACAAGGAGCCGGAGACGAUUGGGGUGAUCUCGUUGAAGUCGCAACCGCCCGUCCUCGCUCAUAAUCGAACACAUGAGCUCGGGAUUAGUAUUGCGCGGCAGUACCAGGGGAAAGGGUACGGGCCGGAGGCUAUCUCGUGGUUGCUUGAUUGGUCUUUUUUGUCUGCGGGUUUACAUCGUGUGGAACUGACGGUGUAUGAAUGGAAUGAAAGGGCAAGGAAGGCGUAUGAAAAUCUUGGUUUUGUGAAUGAGGGUCGGCGGAGGCAGUGUUUGUGGAAAGCAGGGAGGUGGUGGGAUGCCAUUAACAUGGGGAUGUUGUCGGAUGAGUGGGAAGCAAAGAAGAAGAUCACCAGCUCUUAG